UCGUACGUCGCGACUCGACUAGUUUAGUUAUUGAAUAUAUUAUACAAUAUGCCUACGUGUUGCGUUCCCAAUUGCAAAAUGCGAACGGGAAAACUUAAUAAAAUGAAAAUGUAUUAUUUUCCUCACGAUCCUCAAUUGAGGAAACAAUGGCUCAAAGCUUGUGGACGAACAAACGAAUCGGAACUCUCCUCCCGAUACUCAAUAUGUGAGCGGCAUUUUCGUCCAGAGUGCAUUGAAGAAAGAUGGACAGAACAACGUGCUAACAAUAAGUUAAGAUUAAUGCGACGAGUGAAGAAAGACGCGGUUCCAACUGAAUUAUUGAAUAUCACAAAGGAAAGAAAGUUCAAAGUAAAAAAAACAAAAAAAAAGUUAGAUACAGAGUAA